AUGUCAUCCACCAAAUCAGACAUGACUCCCACGACCGCCCUCCCAUCAACCACAACAAGCACCCCCUCAAAGCUCACCACAAACACCAUAAACACCCUUGCCGUCAUGCGCGGCCUUAUCGGCAUCGGCUCCAUGAUCGCGCCCAUCCCCGUAGGAUCACUAUUCGGCCUAGGCCGUCUCUCCCCCGGCGGCGCGCUCGUGAUGCGUCUUGCCGGCUCCCGCGAUCUCGCCGCUGCGGGCCUGCUCUGGACCGCGAAACAGGACGGCACGACAGAGGUGGAGAAGAGCGAGGUUAGGAGAGCGCUGUGGGCGGGGAUCGCGAUUGAUGCGAUGGACGUGGGCAGUACAUUGCUGCUGUUGGGUCAGGGGGGCAUCAGGGGGAGGUUUGCGGGGUUGUUUAUUGCGGGCGGGGUUGGGUUUGUGGGGAUGGCGGGGAUAGGGUUGAGGGGGAUUUGA